CAUGAUUAUUACGAAUGAUUCGGGCGUCUUGAUUGGUUGUUUUACAACCAAUAAUCGGGAAUUGUUCUUCAAAUCAAGCAAAAAACACUGAAAUUAGUGUAAAUUCUUUCCAACAAUAGAUUCGCCGUCAACAUCAUUACAACAGUAACGUUAUGGAGGUCCGAGCGACUUCCGCGGUGGUGUCGGCAACGACAUCGUUGGCCGAUCCACAGCAAAAGUACAUUGAGUCGCUACGCACGACGGCAGAGACUCUGAACAUUGCAAGAGAGACGGCCGUCGCACUCAGUCAACAGUCUGAGGCGCUGGAUCGAGCUGAGCGCAACUUGGACUUGACAGAAGCCACUGUCAAACAAGCCAACCAUGUUGUUAGGUAGGACACCUUGAUCAUGGAGAAUGGCGCAGGAUGCCAGUGUAUCAUACCGAACGGACGUCGGACGUAGAGGCAUGUCAUGGUCGGGGUGGCUCUACAACAAAUUCACAAAGGAGCCUGCGCUUCAUUUACCCUCAUCGUCCUCGGAGAUCUCGAUGGGCUUUAUCUGUCCCGAAUGUCGCGUGGCCCAGCGAUCUCAGCUAGCGUUGAUGGAGCACUACGACACGAUGCAUGCUCCAACGAAAACCUCGUCCCAGGACACACGUCAACCUUCGUCGAGGCGGGACCUUGUUCCCUCCUCUCAUGAUCGCGGCACGACCGCGUCCUCCUCCGAGCGGCAUUCCCACACAGACGCCGACGGAUUGAGUGUCGACCAACGGGCCUUCCUCGACGCAUUGGCCCCCCAACUCCUAGAGAUGAAGCAGGCCAGUCGCGCCAUCGGCAACGCGUUGGACCACCACAACGCCCAGCUGGACCGACUCGACGCCAAGUCCGACAAAGCCAAAGAUGACAUGCGCCUCGUGACGGCAAAAGCCAUCAACUUGACGCACUCGUCCAUGACAAUCGACGUGCAGUUCCGCUGUGCGCUGCAAGAGCAAAACAGUCGCCGGUUCAUGACCCCCACGAGCCAUGGCGAUCCCGUGUUUAGCCUGGACACGGCGUCGGACACUUGUAUUUUUCGAGCGUUUACGUUGACUGGAAACGGCGACAUUUGGGGCUUUCAGCACGAACAAAGCCGGCGGUGGCUUGGUCUCAACAUGUUUGGCAGCGUCAAGGUUCAAGGAGAGGCGCUGCGGUCGUACGAGCAGUUUGCACUCGAUUCUGGCCGGGAGUGGACGACGUUGUACAGCUUUGCCUGUGCAUUUGGCCAUGGCGGGUGGUUGUGUGUCCGGCCAGAUGGCUCGGUGUAUUGUACGCGGAGGACAGCCACAAACAAAGACGUAGCCAUGCUUGUUAAGGUCGUGCGUAUUGAGCCGAUAGCGGAAAGGACGCGAGAGAGGGCAAACAACUAGACUCGAAAUGGUUUUACAGUUAAUUUGGUCUACUUUUUGGACUCUGGAGUCGUGGAAAUGAAGAAUAAAUGAGGAAUAAUAAAUGAAUGAUGCUGAGG